AUGGUGAAGUACUUUGAGAUUCGCGACAUGAACGGCGCUGCGAUAGCGACCCUCAUGAGUGAGGGCACCAACCAGCUGUCGAAGAUAAAGACCACCCUUGGACUGGUGCAGGAUUUCUACCCAGAGAUGAUUCACCAGGUUGCGGUGCUCAACUCUACCUCUGCAUUCUCAGGGCCGCCCGGGCUGAAGAUUUGA